AUAGGUGGCUAGUUUCUCCUAUCUGAUCACCUGGAGCUGCCUGGCUGAUGUAGAUUCUAGAAGAGUGAUUGUGAUAUUCUAAAUGAAGAGAGAUUCAUCUGUUCGAACUGGACUCGAGUGUCUCGAUAAUCUGCUCACCUGGUGGUCACUGGCUCCUGUGGAACCAUUUUUGCCCUGGUGUGGAGGCAAGUUAGGGUGGACAGUGUCCUGGUGAUCAGGAGGAGAAGAGGCUCAGACAAGGCUUCAGAGGGCCUUCAUCAUCAUCAUCUGCUGACAUGGGCAGACAGGGCGCUUCCGAGGUGGUCUUCAUCUGUCUAAACCACAACAUAACGCUUGUAGGGAAGAUAUGGUUGAUCCUGAUGAUUUUAGUGAGGAUCCUGGUCCUGCUCUUUGCAGGAUACCCCCUCUACCAAGAUGAACAGGAACGCUUUGUGUGUAACACCAUCCAGCCGGGCUGUGCGAACGUCUGCUUCGACAUCUUCGCUCCUAUCUCUCUGUUCCGCUACUGGCUUGUUCAGCUGCUCGUUCUCUGUCUCCCAUACAUCAUCUUCGUUACCUACGUUAUCCAUAAAGUCACAUCACGCCUCACCGUCGACACUACUGACCCCUCAGAUAGAGUUGGAGCUGAACCGCUCUGCCAGAUCCAGCAGGAGUCAUUCAGGAAGAUGGCCCUGGCCAAGACAGCUCUCCAGGCGCAGCACGGCAGGAGUCAGUGCUUCACAGGAGCAUACACCCUCCAUCUUCUGUUCAGGAUACUGCUGGAGGCCGGGUUCGGGGUUGCCCACUACUACCUGUUUGGGUUCUAUAUCCCCAGGAGGUUCCUGUGCCAACAGACUCCCUGCACCACUCAGGUAGACUGCUACAUCUCUAGGCCCACGGAGAAGACCGUCAUGCUUAACUUCAUGCUGGGGGCCGGAGCCCUGUCGUUAUUACUCAACUUGGCUGAUCUCAUCUGCGCCAUCAAGCGCUCGGUGACGCAGAAGACCAAAAGGAAGAUGUUGGUGGAGAAGAUGUACGAGGAGGAGCAGUACUACCUCCCCUCCAGCGGGGGGAGCAGAGGCUUGGAGGCUAACGUCCCUCUACUUCCCCAGAACCUGGUGGUGGAACCUAUAACCUUCCGGAAGAGAGGGGCCAGUAAGUCCAGCACUGCUGACCAAGGAGCCUAUCCCCAUCUGGGGGAGGCUGAGAACAUCUCUGCCCCUCGCUGUGGCUCUAGUUUCUCCUCGGGGCAUCCAGUCGCCAACACCAAUGGGAACAGCCUCUACCCUGCAGCCCAGGAGGAGGGCCCCGAAGCAGAGGGGAGCGAGGUGGCUCUGUGCCCUGUAGAGCCCAUCGGGACACCCAGGUCCAUCAGGGUUUGCAAACGCAGUCGCCUCAAACCGCCCCCGCCCCCACGACGGAAUCUGUGCCCCCCAACGGCAACCGCUGCGGGCGUCCCACCAGGAACAGCGGUGUGCACCAGGAGAGUGGGUCAGUACACCCUGGUAGAGAUGACAGCCUCGGACUUGCAGUCCAACACCAGCGAGGGCCAGGAGAAGAGGUCUGAGUGGGUUUGAUUGGACUGAGAUGAUGCGAGAGCUGCAGCUCUGAGGAGAGUGAUUUUAUUUAUUUCCAUGAUGGAGACGUGAGAAUCAGUGUUGCGGAAGCUACUCUGAAAAUAUAGUUUACGAAGUUAACAAUUACUUCACACUGAAAUAACUCAAUUAAGCUACACUAAAGCGACCCUUAAAAUAUAUAAUUAACUUAACUAAAGUUACUUUGAAGAAGUAGUUCACUACAUCCAAACUACUUCAUGAUAAAUCAUAUCUAAAUAUGAAGUAUCAUAGACUACAUAUUGCAAGAACAGAUCACUCUGGAGUCACAAAAACAAUGUUUCAAGUGAGAACUAGAAAGUUCUGAUGCCAAAAAGAAAGGAAACGAUUGUCUACUUAAAUAGUUAACCACUACAUGGCUAAAAUGUAAUACAAAAAAACACUGCCAAGAUUUGAAUGUCGUUCAACUACCACCGAGCUACUGCAAAGGGUAGUUACAUUACUAGUUGAACUAGAUGUAGUUCACUCCCAAAUGCGGGUGUGAAUGUCAGGAUCAAACCCACCUGCCUCUGUGGGAUGUGGUGACAGAUUCUUAUGUGGCUAAUACAGCAGCAACUGUUGGAGAAAUUAAAUCCUUUAGGCCCAUUUGUGUGCUGUAAGACUGAAGUUCAUUCUGACAUUCAGACUACGCUUUCACACCAGGAUAAUUACAUGAAAUACGUGUCUGUCGUUUCUAUCUGAUCAUGUGACAAAUGCACAUAGUUAUGGUGUUAUUAUACCAUCAGUGCGUUGAAAUAAACUGUAUAAUGUAUAUUCUUUUAGGAUGACUCAGAGAGAAGAUAAUCCAGUCGUGGAUACUAUCUUACUGCCAGGGACUCACUGCCUUGGUGCCUAUCAUUAUAGCUGAGUGUCCUUCAAUAAAACCUUUAGUUAAAAAGCUAUAACUGUUCUGCCCACCUGUUCUCUCUGUCUACGUUAGAUCCCCUAUCACUGUCAGUAAACAAUGACAGGCCUUGACCUGUCUUGGCCCUGCCCCCAGAUAGGUCAAAGGUCAAAGAUGACUGUAGAGCCUAGCUCUUAGCUCUGGGGUCAAGGUGGACAUGUGCAUACAGCCUGCGGAUGGAGACGUGUUUGGAUGGACACAAGGUCAGGUGGUCAGGUCGAGUUAAAAGACAAUGACCCUGUAAGGUGCUACUCCUCCAGGCCAGGGUCUUCAGUAGGGAAUGAUAUACCAGACCUGGCAUCAAAUAACAUUCAAAGUCAUUUCAAAUACUUUCUGUGCUUUAUUGAGCUUGCCUGGCUUAAUAGAACCAACAGAAUAGUCCCAAAACUUCAAACCUUCUGCCUCUGGCAUUUCACGCAGGCUCAAUGUAUUUGAUUUAGAAUAGAAUUUGAACCCAGGUCUGGAGGAUAUACUUCCCCUCAGAUAUGGCCCAUCCACAGUUGGAAUCUUCCACAGUUGGAAUCUGUAUUUAUGGAGAUAGAUUGUCACUCUAUUUCAAGGCCUCUGAGGGCUUCAGACAUAUACAGAGUCUGGAAAUAGAGUGAGGUGGUGCAGGGUGUAACUCAACUGGACACUACUAGAGCUGCAUCCCAAAUGGAACCCUACUCCCUAUACUUAGAAUGUUUUUAUUUAACCUUUAUUUUAACUAGGCAAGUCGGUUAUGGAAAAGAAUAUUAUUUUCAACGAUGGCCUACCUCGGCCAAACCCUCCCCUAACCCGGACGACGCUGGGCCCAUUGUGCGCCGCCCUACGGGACUCCCGAUCAUGGCCGGUUGUGAUAAGGCCCGGGAUCAAACCAGGGUCUGUAGUGACACCUCUAGCACUGAGAUGCAGUGCCUUAGACCGCUGCGCCACUCGGGAGCCCUAUAUAGUGCACUACAUUUGGCCAGAGCCCUAUGGGGUAGGUCGAAAGUAGUGCACUAAAUAGAGAAUAGGUUUCCAUUUGGGAUGUAAACUUGAUGUGGCCAACCUAGCUGCCUGCCCUUCAGUAUGUCAUUGAGGCGUUUGUUUCACCUCGCCGGUCAGAUUCAUUUGUGAGAGUCGGUGUGUGCACGGUGCAGUGUGCCAUUACUUGUGGCUGACUGUCAAUCGUAGUAUGUCAUGAAAGAAGCAUUUGAUUCCUUUUACACAUUGUUAGAACCCUGUCAGAGCAUGACUGUUUAGUGUUUUAUUAGCCUUUGCCUUGGCUGACAUGUCCUUUGGUUUAAAACGGUUUUUGUUGAGAUGUCAUUUAUUUUUCCCUCGAAAGGUUAUAUGUCAUUGUUUUGUUAUACAAUGAUUUCUUUUCUAGGGCAAAGACUCCAGUCGUCGUCAUUGUGACUGUCAGAUACAGGUCAUAAACACUUUAUACGUAUUUCUAAACAUAUCUAAACAUGUAUUUAACCAGUGACUAACCAACAAAGGAUUGCACUGUAUACCACCGCCCAGUUAUAAAUGAUCCCCAUAGAUUGGGGUACAAUCUGAUUUGGCCAUGGGGUGAACCUCUGUGUAAAGGGAUAGCUCUUGAUCUUGAUUUGCCAUUAUGUCUCCUCCUAUGGUCCCUUUGAAGGUGACAACAAAGCUUGCUCCUACCUCACGGAGUCUCUAACGACACUGUAAUGUGAGUGAACUGAGCUCAGCGCCAUAGGGCAAUAAGCUCAACUCCUCUCUGGUGAGAUGCUUGAUGUCAUAUGAUCUGUCUUCGUCUAGGGUACUUGUUGCAGAUCAAUGGGUUCUGUGAAACAGGAUGUACAAUUAUAAAAAAGUGUUUUAUUUGUUUGUAUUAGAGACGAAACGGACGUUCAUUUCCUUCUGUCUUCAUCUACUUUUUGCAGGUUUUUUUUGCAUUUUUUAAAAUCAUUUUGUAUUUGUUUGUAUUAGCAUGAAAGCAGGCAUUCAUUCCCCUCUUUCAUUGGUGUUAUGAUUGGUUGGGUGAAAUGGGUUUGGAGGCCAUUCAAUGCAAUCAAGAGUCUGUGAAGUGACCACUACAGGUGAUUUUGGGUCUCUACUGAUUACUAUUUAUUACUGUGUUAUAACUACUUUAUUGUACAGCCACAUUCUUUCAACAAUUGAUUUCAUAAUAGUUGUUUCAUUAUCUGUUUGCCAUGGUCAACUGAAGAGCUAUGCCCUGGCCUAGUAUUUGUAUCUUAGUGUUUACACUGAAAGUCAGCUGACAAAAGAUUAUUAGAAAUGUCAAAUCAUGAGGUAUCCUUUACUGAAAUAAGGUCUGUGAUAUAAUGAAAUAAUGUUGUUUUUUAAAGACUAGAUAUAGAAUUUGUUUGGAUGUUUUCUUGUAACACCCCACUACCCCCCAGUGGUAUGAACCAUGAAGUAUUUUUGUCAUUUAAAAUCAUACCAAUUUGGUAUCUAACCACCUCAUAAUACUUUAUUUAUGAUGAUAAAUAUCAAUGUUUAUAUAUAUGUAUAUUUGAUUAACUCUAUGGGUUCAGUUCAUUCAGUCUGAGUGAAUGUGAGACAGUGCUGCGUUGAUAGAAGAUCAAAUCCUUUCUUCCUCAGCUUUCAGAUUCAGAGUGUGUAUAUAUAUAUAUAUAUUGCUCAAA